AUGGCCUCUACGCAGCAAUCUACCUCGACUCUUCACGUCGGUUCUAUUCUCAAGACGCUAUCGACUGCAGCUCCCGUUGAUGCUGCACAAACUGACCGCCAACAAGCAGCUCGUCAGCUUGCUGGUCUGGACCCCAAACGUUUUCUCGCCAACCUGCAAGCAGCCGUGAAUCGUUCACCUCAAGCAAUCGUCGCCCUUAAAGCAGACAUGUACGAAUUGGAAAGCAUUUUUUACAAGCUUUCGAGGGCCGGCCACGACGUUUCCGCCGCUCAGCGCGAUUUUUUGAUGCUGAAGCAGUUUGUCGCGCAAUUGGCGGCAGUGGAACAGCGUCGUCCUCCACCCCUUCCUCUCCCAUCGUCUUCCACGACCUCGCGGUCUCAACGACCAGCCCAGCACCAUCGGUCAUCCUCGCUGCCCACGCCUGGACCUGUCUCAAAGGAACAGUAUGCUACACGACCUUUUGGGUCGUACCAAGGCAGUGAACGACGAUACAAGGCAAAGGAUUCGCCGCCAACUUCCUCACGGUCUUAUCAUCCAGACGCUCGAUAUGCACACCCGCCGACCGCCCAGGGAUUCACGCAAGGGUCCUCUGGAGCUUCUUUCGCUCCCUCGUCCACCUCGUCUUCGUCCACUUCGUCAUCAUCGUCUGCCUCGAGAUAUUCACCGACUGUAAAUGUGCUCUCCCCCAUUCCAAGUCGGCUUGUCAAAUCACGAAGAAUGUCCGCACCGGCGGUCGUACCGUGCGCGAAAAAGGUGCACUUUGCAUCGCAUGCGACCGUGUACACCUAUAGAUUGCCAGGUGCUUCUGGCCGAGACGUUGAUGAGCCCUCCUCGCGGCCUUCAUACGUUCCCCGUGCGGAAGGGUUCUUUGCCCCUGAUGGACGUCCUCGAUUCUGA